AUGCCUCCCAGCACCAGGCGCUUGAAGCGCGGCACGCAUCUUACCGAGAACCAACCAGAUACCACAAACGCAACCCUCGCUGAGCCAUUUCCNUUCCUCGAGCUUCCAGAUACAGUCCGUCAGCGUUUCUAUGAACUUCAACUCGAGGCACCGCGUAGUUUCGUGCGUCUUUUCAGCAAGUCAGGCCCUACCCGUGUCCAGAGCAAAGUCACCCCUGCAAAAGUCAAGAUCAACAUCAUGUUCACGUGCCGGCAGAUCCACCAAGAAGCUAUGCCAGUGCUUUACCGCGUCAACAACUUUUGCAUUGGCCCUCUUCCUCAUGCCGACUUGCUCCAGGACCAUGACAUAGCUCAGAGCGACAAGUGGAUUCGCGAUAUGCCUGUGAAAGGACGAAACCUCAUCAACAAGCUCGAAUUGUGGCUUCCGAUCCCACCACCUGUUCUCCUCGACUUCGAUCUCAGAUGGCGAGAUAUGCGAGAGAUGUUUCCUGGCCUCAAAAGCUUGACCUUGUUCUUCGAUCUCAACAAUCAGCUUAAAAGUUCAUGGUGGUCGUUGCCAGAGCCUGAGGAGUGCGAGAAGUAUUAUCAGCAUUUCAAGGGCAUGAUGCCACAAGCCAGAGAGACUGUUGUUGACUUGAGAAUGCUCAGGCCGAGUCUUGUCGAGUGGCAGCCAUUAAUAGACACUAUCAACAAGGUGUGGAAUGCGUCCGUAGGCGAAUCUGCUUUCAUCACUCAAGACCUACACCAUGCGAACAAACACUCAGAGCAGAAGAAGCUUGUGGACAAAGCGCUAUCUGAAUCGUUCGGCGUGAGAGCUGCCGGUCAUCAAGGUCUCAGCUAUUGGCAAAUCCGACAGAAUAAGGCGAUAAAUUCAGAUUUGUCCUUGACCGACGAUGAUACCGACGAUGAAUAUGAGUGUUUCGACAAGUUCGAUGCCCUCAAAAUCGUCGUAAGAUUAGAAAAGAAGCUGGAGAGCUUAGCUCACGGAUCGUUCGAUUUUGAAGAGGAAGAAGGUUCGUGGUGGUGA